AUGAGCGCUGCUGGUUAUGAUAGGCAUAUCACUAUCUUUUCGCCUGAGGGCCGUCUGUACCAAGUCGAGUACGCAUUCAAAGCAACCAACCAAACAAAUCUAAACGCUAUAGCUGUUAGAGGCAAAAACUGUACAGUAUUGGUUAGCCAAAAGAAAGUACCAGAUAAACUAUUAGAUCCUUCUACCGUAUCCUAUCUGUUCCAGAUUUCCAAGCACAUUGGUAUGUGUGCAACAGGUCCAAUCCCAGAUGCUAGAAAUGUUGCCGUUAGAUGCAAAUCGAUUGCCGCUGAGUUUCGGUACGAGUAUGGUUACGAUAUCCCAGUGCAUGUUUUAGCGAAGAGACUUGCAAAUGUUUUCCAGACAUACACUCAACGUGCAUAUAUGAGGCCAUUGGGAGUUAUCCUAACAUUCAUUUCAGUUGACGAAGAGACUGGUCCUGCUAUCUACAAAUGUGAUCCAGCAGGUUACUAUACGGGAUAUAAGGCUACUGCAGCAGGUCCUAAACAGCACGAAUUGAUCACUGGCUUGGAAAAGCAUUUCAAAAAGCUCAAUGCGGAUUAUAUACAGGAAGAUGACUGGCAGAAGGUUGCUGAGUUCGCUAUUACCCACAUGAUUAACUCGUUAGGUGCCGACUUUUCAAGCAAGGAUUUAGAGGUGGGAAUAGCUGUCAAAGAUAAGUUCUUCGUGUUAACUCAAGACGAAAUCGACGAAAGGUUAGUUGCAAUUGCUGAAGAGGACUGA